AUGUUCUCCUCUGCGCUCAAGUCCUUCUCCAGCACCAACAUCUCCUCCAACUACACCGUAUCGCCGAAUCCCACCUCGACGGCCGGGCCGUGGAAGAUUUACGAUGCCAAGAAGAAGUCCACCGGCAAGGCGUACAGCGUCUUUGCCUUUGACAAAAAGUCUCUCGACGCACACGGCAGCUCCGUCGGCAAGGGCAAUGCCGCAUCCUAUAAGCGCAGCGUCGAGGAAGUGGUGGAGCGCCUGAAGAAAGAAGCGUCCAGCUUGGCCAAGCUGCGGCAUCCCAGCAUUCUCGAGCUCGUUGAGCCGGUGGAGGAAACCAGAGGCGGCGGUUUACAAUUCGUGACAGAAGCAGUGACGGCGUCUCUAGCCAGCUUGUUGCAGGAAAAGGACGAACAAGAGCGCGCUGGUGGCCCUGGCGGCCGAUCGAGUCGAUACGUUACGGAAGAUGCCGACGGCGUGCGCAGAAGGAGAGAGAUUGAGAUUGACGAGCUGGAAAUUCAAAAGGGCUUGCUGCAAAUCAGCAAAGCAUUGGAGUUUUUACAUGACAACGCUGGCCUUGUCCACGGUAACUUGACGCCUGAUGCAGUGCUUAUCAACGCCAAGGCACGUUCAGCCCACCUUUUUCAACGUACAUGUCUUCUUUCUGACUGGAAGAUAAGCGGACUUUCUUUCUGCAGUCCCGCAGACGGCUCGACAAAGCCUACGUCGAUCCAGGGCAUCAGCCUACAUGAAGUCCUCAACUUGGACCCGAGGCUGCCCAAAUUCGUGCAGCUAAACUUGGACUAUACCUCUCCUGAUUUUGUCAUGGAUAACAACCUAACCGCAUCUGCCGACAUGUUCUCGCUCGGCUUGCUGUCCGUUGCUCUCUACAAUUCGCCGCAUCAGUCACCAAUCGAGGCCCAUGGGAGCCCUUCUUCAUACAAGAGAACCUUUUCCUCAUCUUCCACCGUCCCAACUACCACAAACAAUUAUCUUUCCUCCAGACCAUUACCCAGAGACUUGUCCAAUCAUGUGCUGCCGAAGCUCAUCACGAGGAGACCUGCGCAAAGAAUGACUGCCAGAGAGUUUCAACAAAGCGAAUAUUUCGACAAUGUCCUUGUUUCUACUAUUCGCUUUCUCGAUACUUUUCCGGCAAAGACUCCCAACGAAAAGUCACAAUUCUUGCGAGGCCUUAACAAAGUCUUGCCUUCCUUCCCAAAGUCGGUUCUAGAAAAGAAACUAUUGCCGGCGUUGUUGGAUGAAAUGAAGGAUAAAGAUCUUCUCUCUCCGAUCUUGCAAAACGUCUUCAAGAUACUCACUCUGCUGCCGACGGCUCGAAGAGCGUUCAGCGAAAGGGUACGGCCAGUCUUGAAGAGCGUGUUUGUGGAAAACGCAAAGCAGAGCCAAGAGAAAGACCCAGCUCGGGAUGCUGGUUUGAUGGUCUUUUUAGAGAACAUUGCAGUGAUAGCCAACAACAGUAACGGCGGGGAGUUCAAAGACGAUGUGCUGCCCGUCAUCAUUGCAGCCAUAGAAUGCCCCACGCCUUCAAUCGUGGAUGCAGCACUGAGAAGCUUUGCUGUGGUGCUACCUGUUCUGGACUUUAGCACAAUCAAGAACGAGCUAUUCCCCGUAGUCGCCAUUGUCUUUAGUCGAACAAACAGUCUCGCCAUCAAAGUCCGUGGACUUCAAGCCUUUGUCGUUCUAUGCGGCGGCUCCAAUGAAUCCAGUGCAGAUGACGGCGGCCUCAGCGGGCUGCAAGGAAACAAGAAGACUUCUUCGUCCAGUGCACUCGACAAGUACACCAUGCAAGAAAAGAUUGUGCCCUUGGUCAAAAGCAUCAAGACCAAGGAACCCGCCGUCAUGAUGGCAGCUCGGGAUUUGAUGUACGUGGUCGGACAAACAGCCGAUGCCGAGUUUGUGGCCAUGGAUAUCCUACCAAUCUUGUGGAAUAUGAGUUUAGGACCGCUGCUUAACCUCAAACAGUUCCAAUCAUUCAUGGACCUCAUCAAGACGUUGUCACGCAAGGUCGAGGAUGAACAAACGAAGAAACUACAAGAGCUAUCAGGAUCGACCAAUGGGUCAACAGCUGCUCCAAACGAAGACUUUAUGGCUUUCGGCGGUCUGACAGGAACUGCUUUCGAUGCCACCAACGGCGGCAACGAAGAUGACUUUGAAGCCCUGGUCAAGGGCACAGCCGGCGGCUCUUCCAACGCUGCAAGGACGCCCAGCUGGGACGACGCACCGAGUGCCGCUGCCUCUGUCAAUCGAUCAUCAACGGCCACGCCGCAGACACCAUCCUUUUCCUGGUCAACUCCGCGCGCCAUGAGCCCUCCCGUGAAGCAACCAAGCACCCUACAAAGCCAGCAGCCUUCUUUCCGAACAGUCACCCCCGACCUAAACCGCUUCGAAGUCAUGACCCCAAGCGCAACUCAGUUCAGCCAGCCCCUGCAACCAACACCACAGCAAUCGAGUUUCCAGCAAACGCCAGCGCAGUCUACGCCAUCUGCACCAAACUUUGGCUGGUCUUCCACUGCGUCCACCAACAAGAGCUUUUCGCCGCCUCCCUUGACACCAAACUACUCCUCCAACAUGUCCAACUCCAGCGCUACAUUCGGUACCACAGGCAUGGCCAGUUCCAUCCCGAUGGGUGGCAGCUCUUUUGCCCAACCCCAACAACAGCAGCAGCAGCAGCAAAAGUCCGGCUUGGACAAGUAUGAAAGCCUGAUUUAG